AUAAAAAAGGCUUUUAGUUAUAGAUUUAUAUUUUUUAUACAGGUUGCGUUCAAUAAAGAAAAUAAAGAGCAGUGUUUAGAAACCAGUAUAUAUUGCUGGCAUCCUCUACCCAAAGAUCUAAUCUGCUUCUAAUAUCCAACUUUCCAGCAUAUAUAUUCUCCAUCGGUUUAUAGAGCUUGGGAGCCCAUGAGCAGAAUGUCGAGAACAUCUUACUCCAUCACCAAUAAAUCUGCUUUGAUGGAAAUCAGAACCUCUCCUCCUCCAAUCCUUGAAGAGGAUGAUAAGAAAUAUCAGAUACUCCAUUUCAGUCAUCCACAGCAUACCCUAUUGCAAAUCACCCUUCCCUCUCUCUUUACCUGCAUGGGUUGCAAAGAAUUCGGUGCAGGCAACAGGUUCAAGUGUCUCCAAUGUGAUUUUGAGCUGCAUGAGUUCUGUGCUAUGGCUCCCCCAUCUUUAAAGAGUCACUCACUCCACAGCCAACACUCUCUGAUCUUCUUCACUAAACCAGUUAAAGGUGGAAAUUUGCGAUCAAGCUGUGAUGUAUGCAGCAAGAGUAUAAAAGGAUACGCUUUUCGUUGUAGUACAUGUAAUUUCUCGAUGCAUCCUUGUUGUGCUCAGCUUUCCUGGGAAAUGAACUUUCCGGUGCAUGCUCACAACCUCAAACUCUUAUCAUCCACCAUGUCAGCAACUGGAGACUCGGAUUUUUUCUGUUAUGAGUGUAAAAGGAAGCGAUCCGGCCGGGUUUACAGAUGUGGGGUUUGUGAUCAUUACCACCUCCAUGCUGUUUGUGCUAAGAAUAUGGUAAAUGGUCUAUAUGUUAAUGGCAUCAAGGCCCCUGAAAAUCCUAGCAAGUUUGGGAAAGUAGUUGGUGUUGCAUCUCAUGUGAUAUUAGGGCUUGUUGGAGGGUUGCUUGAGAGUAUUGGUGAAGGGGUUGGAGAAGCUUUAUUUGAUACUAUGCGAUGAAAAGAAGAAGAAGAAGAAGAAGAAGAAAUUAUUAUAGAA